AUGAUUCAUAUCAGCGUCAAGAUGUCGGGACGUUCAGGCCGUGCUGAGACCCGGAGUCGCGCUAAGGAUGACAUUAAAAAGGUCCUGGCCGCAAUUGAGAAAGUGCGCAAAUGGGAGAAGAAAUGGGUGACAGUCGGAGACACGUCCUUGCGCAUAUUCAAGUGGGUGCCAGUGACCGAAACAAAACAGAUCUAUCGUACCAAAUGUACUGGUGGAGAAGCCAGAGGAUUAAAAGACGUGGUCCUUGAAAACACGAACUCUUUGCCAGAUUUGACUGAUGAAAACAGCAACCAGAGUUUUCUGUCUGAUGUUUACCACCCUAAGCUGGAUAACAGCAGCAGCAACUCAAGCUCACAGCAGGUCAGCCCUCCGCAUACUAGCCUCCGAACUGAAGACUCACAACCACCAAUGCUCGGUCAGGAAAGUGUGGAUGAGCCAAUUCACCCUGGACAGGAGAGAGCAGAUGAGCCUCCAACUCUGAUCAAGGAGGAUCUUUUGUCAUCAGGGAGCACCAGACGGAACGCAAUACACACGCAGGAAGAAUCGGACGAAUCAGGAGCACCUCCUUUAAAGAAGAUUUGCACAGGAGAAAAUGCUGUGUCAAGAUAG